AUGAUGACCACUGAAGGACCAUUUCAUACUGAGCAUACAGAUCUAGGUGAUUUAGAAAGUGAACAACUUUAUCUUGAAGCUGCAAAUAUAUUACAAAAACUUCAAUUGGAUAAACCAGUUGAUGAAGAAUGGUCUUUAGAUGAUAUGGAAGCUCAUAUUGAAGAAAAUUUACAAGAUCAAUUUGUUCAAGAAGCUCUUACUCAAAACAUUGAUCUAGCACAAUAUUCUGAACAAAUACAAGAAAAAUUACAAAUACAUGAAAAAGAUUUUGUACAAGAUUUUAUCGGUGAAGCAAAUAAUAUAGCAAAUCUUCAUGUACAAAUAUCAUCAUGUGAUAAAAUUCUUGAAUCAAUGGAUCAUAUGUUAAAAAAUUUUCAAAAUAAUUUAGCAAAUAUAAGUAAUGAAAUUCGUCAUUUACAACAAUAUUCAGCUGAAUUAAAUAUUAAAAAAAAGAAUCGAGAACUUGUACGUGGACAAUUAAGUCAAGUUGUUGAUGAAAUGGUUGUACCACAAUCAAUGAUACAAAUUAUUAUGGAUGUACCAGUAACAGAACGACAAUUUCUUGAACAACUUCAUGAAUUAAGUCAUAAAAUGAAAUUUGUUAAAGAACAAUCAUUUCAUGAUGCUAUUGCUUGUCAAGAUGUACAAGAAGUUUUAGAAAAAUUACGCAUAAAAACAAUUAGUAAACUCCGUGAAUUUAUAUUACAAAAAAUUUAUCAAUUUCGUAAACCAAUGACUAAUUAUGAAGUACCACAAAAUGCUUUAUUAAGAAAUAGAUUUUUUUAUGAAUUUUUAUUAACAAGUGAUAGACAAAUAGCCGAUGAAAUUCGACGAGAAUAUAUUGAUACAUUAAGCAAAGUUUAUUUUUCAUAUUUUAAAGCUUAUUCAACUAAACUAAUUAAACUUCAAUUAGAUGAAAAACCCGAUAAAGACGAUGUACUUGGUGCUGAUGAUCGUCCUCGAUCAAAUAUGUCAUUUUUUUCAGCAAGUGCUCGUCCACAUCUAAAACAUCGUGCAACUGUGUUCAGUUUGGGUAAUCGUGAUUGUGUACUUAAACAAGAAUUAGAAGCUCCAAUAAUUAUUCCACAUGCUCAACAAAAAGCUGAAACAAAAUAUCCAUAUGAAUAUUUAUUUCGUAGUGAACAAUAUGCUUUAUUAGAUAAUUGUUGUCGUGAAUAUUUAUUUUUAUGUGAUUUUUUUAUGUUAAAUAAUCGAUCAGCACCAGAAUUUUUCACGGAAAUAUUUGAAAAAACAUUUAAAUUACUACAAAAAAAUGUCGAAACUUUUAUAUCAGAUUCAUAUGAUCCUAUAGCUAUUUUACUUUGUAUGCAUCUAAUUUAUCGUUAUCAAGUUAUAGCUAAUAAACGCAAUGUACCUAUAUUAAAUAAAUUUCAUGAAAUAUUAAUUCAUGUAUGUGAAAAUCGUUUUGAAAUUAUUAUGAAAUCUAAUAUUGAUAGUGUACAACGUGUUGAACCACAUAAAUUUUCAUCUAUUGAACUUAAUCCACAUUUUAUUGUUCGACGUUAUGCAGAAUUUUCUGGAGCUGUUACAAGAUUAAAUGAAGAAUUUGCAAAUGAGAGAAUUUCAACAUUAAUGACACGUUUACAAGUUGAAAUACUUUCUCUUAUUCUUCGAAUGUCUAAUGAAUUUCCACAAAGAAAAGAACAAUUAAUUUUUAUUAUUAAUAAUUAUGAUCUUAUAUUAUCUGUUUUAACCGUAAGAUAA